UUUACUGAGGUCUUAUGCCCCAUGAAAAAUAAUGACCUUUUAAAAAAGUGUCUUGAAGGAAAGCAUUUGAAGAUUAUAUACUUGUUUUUUAUAAUGUUCUGCCCGUGUACAUUUAAUUAUGUCAUCAAUUUUUAUUCACACGCAAAAAAUUGAUUGUGAAUUGUUAAGACCCCAACACAAGAUUACUGUUAAUUUUAUUUCUAAAUAUCCUUAGAAGAGAUAGAAAGCAAUAUGGUGGAAAUAGAUUCAGCUCUCAACAGUCUACCAUGGGAUGCAAUGGCCUUGGCGAAUCGCAAGUUAAUUUCAAUAUCAGUGUACUCAAAGAUGACUAUGACACUUCAAAAGCUGUGCAAUCAUUGCGGCUCAUUUCACAAGCUUUUCACAGUUCCAUCAGCCUCAUUUCGACUGAUCCCACAAAGAAACAACUGGCGUAAGAACUAUGCCAAACGUGAAGCUAAGAAACAAAUAGUGCACGAAUAUGUUGGGGACAGUGCCAAAAAAACUCCCAUCAUUUAUGCCUGGGGGACUGCAUCUUCUGGAGCACUUGGAAUCGCAAGCUAUGUUCGACCCGAAUUGAAGUUCAGAGGAAAAGCAUUUUUUCUUGAAAAAAUUAACCGACCAGCUAGAGUAAGAUUCUUUGACAUCCAGGAACUUAAGCCUUAUGACAUUGCUUGUGGCUAUGGGUUCACUGUUAUAGCAGUCAAAUUUCAUAGCAAGAAGCUGGUCCUGGGAACUGGUAUUAACACAGACUCUCAAAUUGGCUUUCAUGAAGUGCCAAAGGGAUCAGGUAGAGUCCUGGAUCAACUCAUAGAACCAAGCCAACUGCGUCUGCCUCUUCAAAAACCAGACGACUGUAAGGUCACCACCUUGGCUUGUGGGAGAGCUCACACAGUUGUUGUAGUGGAAAAUGAAGGAGUGUUCACACUUGGGAACAAUUCUUAUGGUCAAUGUGGGAGAUCUGUUGUUGAAGCAGAAGACUACAGCAAGAACCAAGCAAUCAACAAAGUGACAGAACUGCCAAGUAACAUCAUUAAGGUUGUUUGUGGCCAAGACCAUACUCUGUUCCUGACAGACACAGGUGAGGUGUACAGUUGUGGCCUUGGGGCUGAUGGACAAACAGGUUUAGGGCAUUACAAAAACACUGGGAAGCCAGAAAAGGUCAAAGGUGACAUAGAAGGUGUUAAAAUUGUAUCACUUGGCUCUAGGGGAGAUUGUACACUAGCAGUAUCUGAAAGUGGAGAGCUGUUUGGAUGGGGUAACUCAGAGUACAACCAGUUAGGUCUUGUCACCAAUGAAACACAGGUCAAUGUACCGAGGCAUAUCAACGUGCCGCACUGUGGUAAAGUAGUGAAGGCUGUUGCGGGUGGAUCAAUAUGUGCACUUUUAAAUGAUAAAGGGCAAGUCUUUGUUUGGGGAUAUGGAAUUCUGGGUAAAGGUCCCAAGCUGGAAAUAACCUCAUCUCCUUCGCAGAUUCCUGAGCCUAUUUUUGGAUGUAAUGAACUGUCCUCAGACACCAAAGUUGUUGACAUAGAAUCAGGCUUAACAUACCUUGCGGCGCAAAAUGAUAAAGGUGAUAUUUACACAUGGGGAAGAAACAACAAUGGAGUGCUGGGUCUUGGGGAAAAUAAGAAUCAAUUUUUUCCUUUACGGAUCUCUCUGCCAGCACAAGCAGUCAAGAUGGCAUGUGGUUUAGAUCACAUGGUAGCACUGUGCAAGUCCUUCACAUGAAAACAUUCUGACUCUUUAGCUUUUUUGUAAAACUGUUGUGUCUAAAAAACAUGUUAUUGAUAAUAAAAGAAUUUUAAAUUAA